UUCACUCCUCAAUUCGCUUGUUUCUAUAAAGCCUAUUAGAUGCAGACGUAGCAAAAGGCGGGCGGUGAUACUGUUAAAUGAAGCAAAUUGGCCCCUUUGAUUUUUAUUGUAAUCGGUGUCUUAAUGCAAUGAAUGUGCAUUUAUUACUUCACCCGAGUUCCCUCAGAGUAAAGUCGCUGUCGGUGCAAAUCAGAGAAGGGGAUUUUUUUUCCCCCCCCGUAGAAACACGCAGGGUGUGUGUUCUCCCUAUAAAAAGGCGGAGUUUUCUCCACGGGGUCCUGAGCCAAAGUGGGGUUAUGUAACGGAUGCUCUGCUUCUCAUCUUCAUGACUGCAGCCCGCUCUGCAAAAGAUGCAUCCACUAAUAAUUCUGUGGUGCGUCCUCACAGCAGGGGCUCCUUCUCUUUAGGAGCUUUGGCCUUUAGAGGCGGCCAAAGAAGCGUCUCCCUGGUUUAAACCGAGCGUAAACUCUGCUAUGGAUCAACUCUUUGCUGCCUAAUAUUCAACUGGACUCUGCUUUGCCCGAAGGAGCAUGGGCAGCGGCACGAGCCGAGGGAAGAGGGUCGCGCCCGCGCGUGGCAGCGACGCGGACGCGAGACCGGCGUCCGGCGUCGCUGCCUCCGGACCGGACGAGCCGAAAGUCCGCGCCGCCGCGCGCAACGAGCGCAGCCGCGCGCUGCCGCCGGAGUGCCACAGCGACGGGCACGACUCCGACGCCUCCGCGGAGGACGACGCGGGGGACGGGGACGCGGACGCGGGCGUCGAGGAGCGGCGGCGGACGCGUCCACCCAGGAAGGCGAAAGCCAGGACGUACGGGCUGUGUCACUUCAGCCGCGAGGACGCGGAGGACGACUUCGGCGCGGAGGGCCCACGUGGCGCGCGCGGCGGCUCCACAGACGUAAACAACGGGAGCAGCGACGCGCUCACGCGCUUUAAGAAACACGCCACGCGGUGCCCCGGUCCGAACAACUCCUCCACGCAGGGAUUCGUGCUGAGGGGCGCUCUGCUGGAAGCUGUGCCCACGUCAGAAAAACAAUCGGGGGAUCAAAAUACCAGGCCGCUGUUCCCAGUGCGGCUCCGUUUAGUCAGAGGAGCGCGAGCUCAGCAGAAAACAGCAUCUGUUGCUGCUUUGCUUGAGCGCGAUAAUCCACACGGCUCUCUCUCUCUCCGCUCCGACGGCAGCCGCCACGGCUCGUCCCUCACGAUGCCCGUGAUCCUGUACGAUGGGUCGGAGGAGGAGCUGAUGGACACGAUAGAGCGGGAGUUCAGCUGACACGGCGCGGCUGCGGCUGCCUGCGUGGGGACGCGACGCGCAGGAAAGGAAAAAAAACAACAACGGGACAUUCGACAAAUUCCACGGGAAGGCUAUUUCACGCCUUAGCUUGUCAUAACUUAACAACGUGACUUCAGUUAUAACACAGGUUAUAACUGAAGUUAUAACACUGUUAUAAGAGUUAUAACACAGUUAUAGCACUGGGGCGUGACGCUCCCUCAGUCCUGCUGGCAUCUACCUGUUACCUUUCACCCACUGUACUUUAACUUAAGGACAGGUCAAAACCUAGUUUGCCUUUUAACAUUGCAUAAAUGUCCAUUCUUGGGGUUGCUCCUUUUGGGAUGUGUUUACCUAACGUUUCCUUCCUGACCUCAGCCCCUUUGCUUCUCAUGAGAAGGAAUGUGUGGUAAUAAGGAGACUCUCGGUCCGGCUGCUGGAACCCAGCUGCGUUUCUGCUGAUGAGAGGUUUCUGCCACAGUCGGUCAUUAAGGCCUGAUGCCACUUAGUGGUGGAGCGGAGUAGCUGUGUGCAUGUACCCAUAGCAUUUAUGUGAACACUGUGAAGUGUCCACAAACCACAAUUGUCACGGCGUCACUAAAUGUAUUUGUCUUUUAUAUUGCACAUAAAACAUUGGCUACGCUCACUUUGGAAUCAUGAAAA